UGCGCGUCCCUUGUCCUAAGUGACGUCACGCGGUCCGCAUCUGCUCCGUUGCGGCUUUGUGAGGAGCGUCGCAGAGAUGUUUGGGCGUUCAACCCAGGCCAGGAGCUGAUUUCACUUUUGCAUAUAAGAAGGUGAGAACCAAAAAGCCAUGCAGAGUUCACCAGAGGACCACACUGAAUCAAACCCUGUGGCUAUAUCGGCUGCAGAGGAUCAACUAGAAACUGGGGCCCAAACAAUGCAAAGCAAACCAGAUGAACAAGAGCUGGAGGACCAAUCAGAGGCCCCUGCUGAGGCCACAGCAGAGGCACCUGGAAGUAUGGUCCCAACUCCACCCUUGGAGAAGGAGUCUGUUGUCCCCUCGCCUACAGAGUCCUGUGAAAAUAGGGAAAAGUUGGACACAGACUCUUCUGCAAAGUCCAGCGACCAGCCAAAAUCGGUUGCUGAAACUGAUGCAAGCCCUGGAAAUGAUGUGAAUAAAGAACAGAAACGAGGAAAAGGUGCAAGUGAUGGCAGGAAAUUUCCUUCUAAGAAAGCCAUGAUUGAUCCUCUGAAGAUGGACAUGUCAAAACCUGUGGUCACGCCUUUAACGUCGCCUCAGCUCUCUCUACACUGCAUCCAGUGCCACAUAAUAUUCAGCGAUUUUAAAAGCAAAGAGCGGCACCUGAAGAGCACCCACCCUGCCGAGUACGAGCAGUACAUCCUGAGGAACUCGCUUUUUGCCUGUUACGUUUGCGACCGCCAUUUCACAAACUCAGUGGAACUCUUGGCCCACCAGAAGGCCCACACUGACAAGAGACCCUUCAAGUGUCCACUCUGCAAUCAGUCCUUCAAGAAGACGUCAGAGCUUACAAAUCAUAAAAAGAGUCACUUCAACCAGAACGGGUAUCCCUGCUCUGGGUGUGGAAAGUCUUGCAAGACGCUGACAUUGCUGAAGUACCACCAGCGUACACACUCAGGAGAGAAGCCUUACGUUUGCAAGGAGUGUGGAAAGAGGUUCCCCCUAUCCAGCCUUCUGCAUAAGCAUAUUUUAUCACAUUCAUCAGAGGGAGGCGAAGGAGGUGCUCCUGCCAAAGUUUACCUUUGUCCUGUUUGCAACGCCUCCUUCAGGAGUCCCAAAUCGCGGCAGCUUCAUGUUAAAAUAAGGCACAAACUUGAUCCAGUCAGUAACCCCAUGCAGACUGGGCUGCAGGUGAAACAAAGCAUGCCUAUUAUAACUCCAAUAUCUAUUUCUCAACCGACGCUAUUGCAAGUAGAGCCAAACGGACCUCUGCAAAAGGUCGAUGCCAAUGUUGACACAGAAAAUAUCCGGAAACUUAUUGAGUCAUUGGGAAAUGUGCACAAAGUAAAUCAGGUUGUUAUACUGGGGCAGGUGCCACCACAUGCCCCGCCACUGAAGGUACAGCAGGUGUUGGAACCAGCAGAAAAGGUUGAUUUGAAUCUGGGUCCACCGCAGAUAGAUUUUAUUGGACUAAAACCGACAGAAUCUAAGUUGGUUGAGCUAGAUGCUUCGGUCAGUCCAUUGGAACAAACUAUUAUAUUGGAGCCUAUUACUCCAGAAGGAACGCCGGAAAACCCUUCCUUCUCAGAUCUCGGCUCCCAAGUAGUUGCAGGAGAACCCCUAGAGCUAAAAUUUGUUCAAGCUGAACAGACUGAAAAACUCACAGGAGAAACGCAUCUAAAUCUUCAUCAGUCACAGAUGAAUCCAAUGAAUACUGACCCUGGUGUUUGUAUGAAUGAGGGAACUGAUCUCAAGCAAGACCUUGAGCAAACUGUCAUAUUAGAACUAAUACCUGCUGCAGAGCUGGAACAGUCUCAAAUUGAGCCACAAAAUGAGGUAGGCUCCUCUUCUUUUGUUCAAAGCAGUGAGCAGGAAAUUCCUGAUCAAGCUGCAGGUAAUACUGCUGGAGAGCCAGAAGAGACCAAUAUGCCAAUCCCACCACUCACACCCACAGUUGAGUCAGAACUCCCAUCUCCUCACCCGGAAAAAGAGGACCUAUCUUCUUGCCCUUCUGAUCCACCAGAAACAAUCACACAAGAGCCAAGUAAUUCCGAAACUACCUUGCAGGAAAACACAAAUUCACGUGAAGAAAGGGUAGAUUCAGGUCAGUCUCCUGUGUCUAAUGAAAAGCCAAAAGAAAAGGAGGAACAGGAGGCUUGUGAAAAAGAUCCAGUGGAAGAGAAACGUAGCUCAUCCGAAGACCCUGCUGCUAAAGAGGAGACUCCUUCAAAAUCAGAGGCCAAAGAGGAUCAGCGAACCUCUGAGUUGCCUGUAAGUGUAAUGUCAGCCCAAGAGUUAGUAAAGGUGCGGAAAAGAAAACCAGCAAGGACGUUUUUUUUUCAAGGAUAUAUGCAUGAUCUUGUUGGAUCCAUAUACAGGGACGACUUUCUCAUUGAUGCCAAGCCUGCCAAGCGCCAGCGGACCAAGAAGUCUUGUGUUGUUGUGAAAUUUGGAUCACAGGGCAAAGACAAGAAAUCCAAAAAACAGAAGGCCAAACAAGAACAUAAGCCGAUACAGGAAAGUUCGCCAAAAAGUAAAACAUCCCCUAAAAAACUAUCAGAGAAGGUACAGAAAGUGCAAAUACAGAAGAAGCCAGAACAAGAACCCCAGCCGAUACAUGACAGUAGUAAAACACCUCCAAAGAAAUCACCAGAGAAAGUACAGAAAGUACAAACACCGAAGAAGACGGGAAAGGGGAAAAAGGAGAAGACGGAGAACAUGGCAUCUGGAAUGGACAUGAAAUUGCCUGAACCCCAAAGCACACACACAAAGCAAGUGAAAGAAGUUCCAAAAAAGAAUAAAAUGAAAAAGCAGAAAGAAAGCAAGGGAGAAGCAGAGCAUGUUGGUGAGCAGAACGCUGAGACCCAGCCAAUGCUUAAGAAGAAAAAAGCAGCAAACGUAUUGCCAAAAGGUCCGCCCAAGAGUCCCAAGGGAAAGAAAACCUUAUCCAAAGCACAAAAAGUGAAAAAAGCUGAAGCCACUGAUUCAAACAUUAAUCAAGACUCUCUUCUUUUACUGAAAGGUCAUAAGCAGCCUCAGUUAAAGGUGUACAAGUUAGACACUUCAAAGCCAUCAGGCCCGACUCCGGAGGGUUCAGUUAAGGACUCCCAGUCCACUGAUGAUGUCACAGCAAGGGGCAAGAAAAAAGGCACAAAAAAGCAGAAAAGCAUUAAUUGUCUUUCCCUGCUGUCCUCACUAAAAGGUCCACGUCAACAGCCGGAAAUAGUACCAUCCAAGCCAAAGACCACCAGGAAGCGUAAAGCCCCUUUGAAUGUGGAAACUGAAGGAGUGAUCACUUCAAAGCGUGCCUUGGAAUGUAAAGACUGUGGGGAGAAAUUCAGCGAAGUUGCGUCACUUCAAAAGCACAAGACUACAGCACACAUCAUUGAAAGUCCUGGCCUCACAUAUACCAAUGGAAACAUCUUUGAGGGCGUCUCUGGGUUCGAUCUUUACCGGCUUCCUAAAGAGCAUGGAGGGGUUGUUAGGGUGAUGAAUGCUCCCACAGACUGGGAUACUGAACCGGAGAUGGGAGACAUGUCGCUGGAAGACCGUGAUCGAGGUGUCUCCUUUCCUGCUUUAAUUCCAUCUCCAUCUCUACAAAUCCCACCUCAGGAUGUUGAAAUGAGUACUCAUGAGCACAGAAAUGAAAGUAAAACUGGGACAGAAGUUCACCUUGGUACGUCCUGUACACCUGAGUGCUUCUCUAGAGACACCAAACAGAUUGCAAUAGCUGAAACCUCUUUCCCAAACUUGACUGAGACAAGAACAUCUGAAACAGUAGAACCUGUGGCAUCAGAUGAGAAAAUGCAAGAAGAUCCCAAUAAAAACCUCAGCAAUGGAUCUAGAGUUCAAGGAAUGACAGAUGAGGAUGUUAAGGAAGAUUUCCUUCUAGAGGUAGAUUUGGUCACUAUUGGAGAGCAGGAGGAGAAAGAGGAACCCAUACUCCUAAAUGAACCCAACAGUGUCCAGAUGACUAAAAGUGGAAUCGCUGACAAGGACUGUGAGCAAGGCAGAAAUGAGACAAGAAGGACUUGUCCAACACCACAGACUGUGUCAUGCGCUACCUAUUGUCUGGAUGUCAAAGAAGAAGAGGAAGAAAUGCUGGUCCAGAAGAGAAAGGAGGCAGUGAUGGGUCAGAUCAGAAAAGAAGGACUUCUCAACAGGGAUUUGACCACAAAAGCAAACUCGGGUAAAGAACAAGAGCAGGGACCAGAUGAAUGCCAGAUAGUUUAUGAAAAACCUCCGCUUUUCUCUGAUUUGGAGACGGUUGACCAUGAGGUUAGCACAAAGAAGCAGACUGGUCCUAAGUUAAAGACAAAAUGUACACCAUCCGCUACAUCUUUGCCUUCUGGCCAUGCAGUGGUUGAAGAAUCCUCUCAAGAAGCUAUUGCAUUGGAGCCUAGCUCUAAUGUUAAGGAUGCAAUUAUUGAUGGAGGGCUGGAGGGAGAAGAGGAGAGGGAGAGUGACCAGUCUCCGGGUAUCAUCCUUGAGAGGUUCCCCACCUCUGGGCGAGGAGCAACAGCCGACAGUGUGACAGAUCUGGCCACAAGAAGGAGCAGCCAACCACAGGCUUUGGGCGGCAUUGCUGACAACGGGGUUCAAGUUCCCAGAGGCCAAGAGAUCAAGGUUGAAGAGAACAGCUCAGAUCCUCUGCUAGUUCUUCCCACCUGUCAAAGCAGGCAGAACUCGUGUGGUCCGCCGAAGCAUCAGCAAGGUAUAAGAAGCAUCCUAGUGAAAGAGGAAAGAAACUCUGUGGUGAACGACACCCAGAGUGUGCAAGAAAGUCGCCACAUGAAAUGGAAUGAGGAACCAGUAAGCUGUAAAGACAUCAAUAUGCGUCUAAAGGAGAAUGAAGAAACAACAAAGGACUGCUGUAAGACUCCGGACUUCAAUUCCAACCCUUGUAUCUUUUACCCGGUAAAGGAGGAGGUGAGGGAGGUUCUGCUGUCAGCCACCCAAACCCACACCAGAACUUCAACCCCUGAUGGUUCAGGUGAUUCAAAUCCCACCGACCACAAGAGUACAGAUUGUAAUGCCCAUGAUAGAAGGUCGUCACCACAGAGCAAUCAGGAGUCUGAAGUCGCAUGUCUCGCAUCGGAGCAAAGUGUCAGUGACUUGACAGAUGGACAAGCUGCAUCAGACUCUGAGUGGCAGACUCGAUCGGAUCUCUGCGACUUCCUCCUCCAGAGUUCAGAUGACGAAGACACGGGUAGUUUGGAGUUAUCAGAGCCUCAGCUGAACAAGGAAGCAGAAAUUCUAGCUUACUUCAACCAGAACCAGAGCAGAAUCAAAAAGCUGUCACCUCGACCCUCUUCAGUGGGUUUGCCAGAUUCACCUGGGCCUCAACCAGUCCCACGUGAUGACAGCAGGAUAGAAAAGGCUAUUGAUUACUUUUGUGAAUAUUUCAGUUGGGAUACAUGGGUAGAAAUUGCCAAUUACACAAAUAAACUUUCCAAGAAUCAAAAUCCGGUGACAUGCAGAGAGGUUGCACGCUUCAUUGGGAUCCACAUUGCAAUGGGAACCUUAAAGUUUCCCAGUGCGAGGCUCUACUGGGACGACCUAACAAAGUUGCCGUUGAUAGCUGAAGCCAUGCCGCUAAACCGAUUUCUGGAGCUUUCUCGCAUGUUGAAGCUCUGUUCUUCAAAUGAUACCAAAGGACCCAACACUGCUCAGGAGCUGGGUGGUAUUCACCAAAGCAGUGAAAGUUUAGGUUCUGAUCACAGUGGCGCUGGGUGCUCAGCUGAUCCCAUAAGUUUGCAAACGCCGGUUGAUCCGCUGUGGAAGGUUCGUCCAUUAUUGUAUCGUUUCAACACAGGAUGCCGUUCACUCAGGCAGCAGGGAGAUUAUGCUGUGGACCAGUACACAGUAGCUCUGACUGGGAAAGUAAACGAAAGCAGUCCAUCUCUCCAUUGCACCACGUUAAUUGGCCUUAAUGGCUUAAUUACACACGUGGAUCUUGAACUGGAUCUUUCAGAGAAACAAGAUUCAGUAGAAAAAAUGAUCCCUAAAGGGAGUACGGUGUUCCUCUGCAAACAGGAGCUCUCCACCCCCGCCAUGCUGGAGCACCUUUUAGCUGCUGGGAUCCACGGAGCUGGCAGGGUGGAAGGAGAGCGUGGACAGGUUGGUGACGAGUUUGUGAGCUCUGAUGGGAAGUUGAUGUUGCGCAGAACGCAGUGCGGCUUCUUACUUUCUACCGCAGGGAAGGGUCAGCGGGACAUGGUCUCACUCAUUGACGGCUACGAAAAGGCUCAGAUGUCGGCGCGUCUCAGCAGAGAUUUGCUAAAUCUUUAUUCUUCUCCUCUCACCGUGUCUUCACCUACCUGCUGGCCCCAAGCGGUGCUAUGGCACCUCAUUGACGCGGCGCUGGUGAACUCCUGGCUCCUGUACCGGCAGGACCACAGAGCAGCGUCUGCCCCGCUGACAUUAAUGGCCUUCAGACUGGAGGUGUCCAAAGCUUUGAUUCUCUCCAGCGGCUCUGACACCCAGGAUUCCAUUCCCCCUCAGCCUCCCGGGGAGAACGCUCACCACGCAACUAGUGAAACUCCAAGUCCGGUCCUGCUCAAUGAGAGUCCUCUUCCAGAAGCAGCAACACGGUAUGACGGAUCUGGCCAUUGGCCUGAGCAGCUUUCAGAGGGAGAAGGAGGCAGGUGUCGCUUUGGGGGCUGCCAGAGAACAUCGCGAGUGCUGUGCCUUAAGUGCUGCGUCUUUCUUUGUAUCUCACGAAACCAUAACUGCUUUUUAAAUUUCCAUAAUCAAGAGAGUGUGGGAGAGGAGCACUAAUACUGAGAUGUCUCUGUCUUUUUAAAUGGGCUGCUUUCUGAUAUAGAAAGUACACUUGAUGUUUGUAAAAUCUGCUCCUCCAUCCUUACAUUUUUACAGCAUACCUUGUACUGGCAGUGCCAUGACUUUAUUGGACUGUUGAUGUUCCAUUUAAAUAACUGUCUUGUUAGAGCUCAUAAAUUUACUUGCCAAUUGUAAAUUGAUAAUUGUAAUUGGAUUGACAUUUUAGAAAAAUGAAAUGAACCAUAAACUGUGUUGCAAAAACAAUUUCUAUUGUAUUUGUUGUAUUUUUCACAUGAACUACUUUUCAUUCCAUGAUGAACUUAUUUUCAAUUCCAUAAAGUGCAGUGUUAUUUAUUUCACGUUGAAAAAAUAAAGUUUAAUGGAGUGA